AUUAGCAAUAUGCCAUUCUCUCUUUUUUUCAUAAAAAUCUUUUUCUAAUACUUUAUAACUGUUGAUACCAUUAUUUACUCUACCUUUAAUAAUUUUGACAAUUGCGUAAAAUGAUUUUUGAAAAAUCUCUAAUUGAAGCUUUUUGCUCAUUAAUAUUUUGUUUUAUUUAUGCUUAUACCUUAUAAAACCUGCUACUACUAAUCUGUAGCACAAUGAACUAUAUUUUACAUACAUUAAAAAUAACUAUUAAACUAAUAAGUACAAAAAGUUUUUUAAUAUAUUAACAUAAUUCUAGCAAGUAUCAUCAUAAGUCUCAUUCUCUAUGCAUUUAUGGAAAUGUUACCGUGUAUCCUUGAUUUAAUCUUUCCACUAAAUGAAACUCGCUCGCGCGAGUUCUACGCUGUGACAGAAUAUUUUGUUGAUAAGAGAACAUAUUAUUAUCCAAUUCUGUGUCACUGGUUGAUUGGUGUGUCUUUCGGUGGCUUUGUUGUUAUAGCCACAUGUACGUUUCAAAUAGUAUUCCUCGAACAUAUUUGCGGAUUAUUAAAUAUCGCCAGCUAUCGAAUCGAACGUUCAAUCGAUGAAUAUACAUUAUGUAACUCUGCACAUAAGAAAAAUUGUGUAGCUCACCGAAAUAUAAUUGCUGCAGUAAAUAUACACCGAAAAGCAUUUAAAUGCAGCGAAUUGAUGACAAACACUUUCAAUCCAUUUAUUUUCUUAAUAAUUCUAAUUGGUGUUUUAUCUGCAAGUUUGAACUUAUUUCAACUGCUCAAAGCAAUAAUUUUACGAAAUGUGAAAGAGUUAAUCUCAUCAACAAUAUUCAUUGGCAUGCAUUUUAUACUCAUGUUCUUGGGCAAUUAUUAUGGACAAAAAAUUACUGAUUAUAAUAACAAAAUUUUUAAAAAUGCAUAUAAUGUACAAUGGUACAAAGCUCCAAUAAAGAUCCAAAAAUUACUAUUAAUUAUAAUGCAAAAUACUACAAUGCCAUACAUUCUAAGUAUUGGCAAUUUAAUUAUGGCUUCAGUAGAAGGUUUUGCUAAGAUCAUGCUAACGACUUACAAGUAUGUCAGUAUCUUACUUUAUGGUAAUUUAUUCUACGCAAUAAAAAUUAUGAAAAAAUCAAUACAAUUAGAUGAGAUGUAGAUCAUAACAAAUUAGAUGAGAUGUAGAUGAUAUUAUUCUGUUAUUAUAAUAUUAAUAACAAAGAUAUAAACAAUUUUCAUGUAAA